AUGUCGCCCUUUGAAUCUUCUCUUCUGGCCAGCUGGUACAAUGCUCUGAUAUUAGCACCAGAAGACUCCAAGACAGAUCCUAUGGAUCUCUGGAGGAACGUCAAGAUCCCUUUUCUCUCCCGUGAUUCCGACACUGGGACUGAUAUUGAGGGCUGGAUCGAGGUGGAUUCGAAUUCAGACCUUGACUCAUUCUCCUCACUCGCUGGCAUUGCACUCACAAACGUGCCGACCGGCAACACAACUUUAUCUAUUGAGUCAAGCUACCUUGACCUCAACUGUUCAAUAACUCAGAAAGAUAGCUAUUAUGAGGAAGAGCUUGGUCUAACAAACCAUUCUUGGACGAUCAAAAGCGCGGUCGCACCACAGAGAACAACGGGGAAGAAUGGCACAUGGCAUGGCUACCCAAUGGACAGGGGUGAGGACGAUUUGAGGCCGAUAACCUGGAGAAUGGCCAUUGACCGAUUUGUUGAUGUCUACUGGCUCAACAACAUCACGGAUAGGAAAGAGCUCUGGGAUCUCGGUUUCACGCCAGCCAUCUUUGAACAACAGAAGGGAAUUGAGGUCAAGCCGACCAAGAUACUUUUCCAAGCGAAGUUCUCAUUGAAUGCUUACGCACGCAGACUUGGCGUCCAUGCCCUUUGCCAGGCACAUCAGGAGUACGUCGAGUCCCGUGUUGAGUGUUCGCGCCGGAGCAGUUCAGCGAGAUAUGAAUGCUCCGUCGUCGCGCAGCGCCCUUCACGACGCACCCACGCAAACCCUGAAAUCCUGCACUUUUCAUUCCCCGACGUCUUUGGUUGGAUUUCUCAGGAUAUGCCUCUAGUGAGCAACAUUCUACAGGGCGGCGGCUCGUUUCCUGAUCUGUCGCUCCGGUAUCUGCUCAAUCCGAAACUAAACGAUUUACUCGGGACGAAUCACACAGAAACCUUUGCAAACAUGAAAGGCCAAGUUUUCAGCCGCAGAUUCUCCCAGAUAAUCAACACAUACUUUCUUUUGAGUCAGCAGUUCCUCAAAAAAUCAGCAAGCGACACCACAGAUGACGGCUACUACGAGCACAACGUCUCUACCCCGGUCGAGGUCAGCAGUUCACUUGUCAUGAAAUAUGAUGUUGUGAUGGGAUGGAUGGCGCUAUUUUUUGUGUCAUGUAUUGUGCUGCUUCUAUCUGGUGUCUCGGGUGUGGUGUUUACACACAUGGCUGAUGGACCGGAGAUUCUUGGCUAUGCUUCCACAGUUGUUCGAGACUCAAAGUUCAUUGACAUAUCAAAUGGGGCCAACUCUGGGGCAAUAAGUGCGGCUGAAAUCACACUUGCGAUGAAGAAUGAGCGGGUGCGCUACGGUUUCAUGGAUUCGACACCUGAAGGGAAGCCAUUGUUGGGAGUUGGACGAGAGGGAGAGACACGGCCUAUUAAAGACUAUCUAACUUGA